GCUCGUGAUGGACGCAUGUGGUCAAAUUCUACAUCAACUGAGAUAGGUCAGGCUAUCCAUUCGUUUACUGAUGAAUUAUUUGCCAAUGGGUUACUCCAAAAUAUCUUAGGUGUCUUGCGAUCAUUCUCCGUCUUUAAAGAAUUUUCUCGCCUGGAAAACAUACAAGUUCUGGGUGAUUCGAAGCAUCGACAUGAUGUGUUCAUGUUGUUGAAAAAUAUAUCCGAAGGUCUAGCUGAAUGUAUUAUGUUAUGGUCGUGUCAAAGUGUCCUAAACUUAAGCGAGUUUAAGUUAGUUUUAGAUUGCUUACUCAGUUCAACACAUCAAGAACCUGCUACAAAAAACGAUGACAACCAAACCCAACUAAUAUUUCAAAAUAAUAAACAAUUGACUAGAGAAGGAAUACAUCUUCUUAUGUCUUUGUUGCAUUGUUUACAACCAUUUUCCGUGAACACAUUAUGUGCUGACCAAGUUUCAGAUUUAACGGAUAUUGGUAAGUAUUUAUAA